AUGUCGGUCGUAUAUCUCGUGUUUUUGUUUUUAUUCGUGAAUGCGUGUCACGGGGUCCUGGUGCAUACAGCCAAAGGCCCAGUUAGGGGACAGGAUGCGGGCUACUAUAGGACCUUCUUCGGUGUCCCGUACGCUUUGGUGGACAAAUCCAAUCCUUUCGGGGUAUCUUUGCCGUAUCCAGAUUUCACAACACCAUUCGCAGCUUCAGAUUCAUCAAUAAAGUGCCCCCAAGCAGUGUUUACAGCAGAGGGCAUAUUACAAUGCCUUCGACUGAAUAUUUACGUACCAAAAACCUCCAAAAGAAAUCUACCCGUACUGGUCUGGUUCCAUGGCGGAGGAUUCUUGUUCGGUAGCGCUGGAGAAUACGAUGGCAAAUAUUUGGUCAAACACGAGAUCAUUGUUGUAACAGCCAACUAUAGAAUGGGACCAUAUGGGUUCUUUUGUUUAGAAACUGAAGAUAUACCUGGCAACCAAGGGCUUAGAGAUCAAGUGACAGCUCUCAGAUGGAUAAAAAAUAAUAUUGCCGCAUUUGGUGGUAAUCCAAAUGAUAUAACUAUAUCUGGGGAAAGUUAUGGAGGUGGUGCGGUAGAAUUGCAUUUGUACUCUGAAAAUGAGAAGCUAUUUAAUAAAGCUAUCAUACAAAGUGGUGCUGCUGACGAAGAAGCUAUGUAUUUGCAACCAGAUAGCGAAGCGGCUUUUAAUCUUGCUAAAGUAUUCAAUCCAAGCGUGACAAAAGACGGUGCAUUAGAUUUACUAGCUAAACAAGAUCCUAUUGAAUUAAUGAUAGCUUUUAAUGCAACCGGUAAACUUCUAAGAGUAUGUAAGGAGAAGAAAUUUCGUAAUGGUCGUGUAGAGAAUUUUAUCACCACGAAUUCUUCGCAAUUUUUCAAUUUGAAAAAAGUUAGCGGCACACCUAUCAUGAUUGGUUAUAACAGCAAAGAAACUUUUAACGAUUUCGUGAUUCAACCAGAUGAAUUCUAUGAUGAAAACCAAGAUUUCAUUGAAAAGAAAAUUCGUGAUAAUUAUAAACUUAGUGAAGAAGAGUUGAAAAGAGAAGCAAAUAGGGUGAAGAGAUUUUAUUUGGGUAACAGGAAUAUUUCGAAAGACGUGAUGUUGGAAUUGAUAGACUUUAUGAGUGAUUUCUUUAUAAAUCACCCGGAAGAGAAAGCUGUCACAAGAUUCCUAAAUCAAAACACUGUUGUUUAUAAAUAUUUGUUUUCGUACAUUGGUAACAGUCCUUAUAAAAAUGUGACUGGUGUUGGUGCUUACCAUACUGAAGAAUUGCAGUAUUUAUUUGAAUGGAGUGAGGCUGGCGUGCUGAGUGGUGAUGAAAAUUUGAAAAUGAGAGACAGGAUGACUGCCAUGUGGGCGAAUUUCGUUAAACAUGGUAAACCAACGACGUGCAAAACAGAUUUGUUGCCAGUUAAGUGGGAGCAAGCGUUGCCAAAUAACAGGGCUUAUUUGAAUAUAGACAAGGAGAUGAAAAUGGGAAACCAUGUGUACAAAAAACGCAUGGACUUCUGGGAUAACUUCUGGAAGAUACACGAGAAGGAUUAUGUGUUCCAGAAGUAG